AAAGCGAAAAGACCUGUCAAACCCUAAUUCCUCGGGUCAGAACCAAAGCCCUAGUUUUCCAUUUUCUCGAUAAACCCUAAAUCUGUGUUGGAACCAAUGGGACGGAUUCUGCUCAGAAUUUCUACUAAUCUCUUCGUUCGCAAUCACCUCUAUUCUCCCGCUCAUUUCCGCCAUGGGAGCUCUUGCCCUUGGCUCCUUCCACUCGGCGGAGCUCCUACGCGAUCCCGGCUCGUCUUUUUCUCCUCCGAGUCCGACCCGUCGCGUAAACCUGAAUGGGGGAAUUUACCAGGGUCGAGAAGCUCGGGAGACGAUGAAGAUGUUAGCAGUGAAGAGCUGAAAAAGAGGAUAAAAAGUUUCAUGGAUGGUGAAGAUGAAGAUGCAUUGCCCACUAUAUUUGAGGCAAUCCUGAAGAGGAAGUUAUCAGGGAGGCACGAGGAGAGUGACAAUGAACUGAUGGAGGAAUUGCAGGAGAAGCAUCCGGUUGAUACCGCAGAAAAAGGGGAUGAUGUUGAUUCGGAUUUCACGACCGAUGAUUUGGAAGAUGAAGAUCAGUUUGACACUGACUCUGACAGUGAUUAACCCCGGCAAUUGUGGAAUCAAACCCGUGAGAAAUGCCGGUGCUCGAGGAACAAAGAGAUCCGAAAUGGAGAUUUCAGUGGUAUAAAUUCUCUGUCCUUGUGGCUCGUGUUUUGCUUGCUGAUCUGUUUGAACUCCAUGAGGACAUUGAUGAGCUUAAAGCCUUAAAGCACCAUAUCGGAACAAGUUUCUUAGAGUUGAAUCGUGGCCCCUUUUAUCGCUGCGAUAAAAGGGUAAGGUACGAGGUUUUGCUCUGUUGCAAGUUAUUUUGCCUUUCUCUAUGAA